AUGCCGUCCACACGACCGUGUGCGGCCUUUGAGCCCAUCUCGCCGGAUUUCGAUCUGAAAGCGCUCGUCGAGUCACAGCCUAAUUUCGAGUGGGUGGUGCGCAUCCACUGCGACAUGAUAGAUCACCAGGGCCUCGAAAACUUCGAGAAGCUGGUCUUGAUUCACGUCAUUCUGGGCGGCAAACCUCUUGUCAUCGAGGGCUACGAAGAGCGACUUGACAAAUGGACGUUCGCGCUACAGUGGCUCCGCGACAACUGCGGCUCAAAAGUUGAAAAUGCGAGAGACCUCACCAAGAAGACCAACGUUCCGCUCUCGAUCGGCCACUACUUGAACAACAUGGCAUUAUUGACAAAUCAGUGGACCCCACGCAACUACAAGGACCCCGAGCGUCAGCGGAUGUAUCUCAAGGAUAUUGACUGCCCGCAGUUGUGGCAAGAUAAAUUGUCUGAAAUCCUCCCUCCCGGUGUGUUUUAUCUCAACGACUCAACGGGUGACGUGGGUGGGUUCGGCGAGGUGGAUGAAAAUGACCCUGUCCGGCCAGGAGUGAGGAAAGGAAGAGGGAUCGCCAGAGCUGGAGACUUGAUGAGCAGUCUUCCAAAAGAAAUGCGGGCGGAAAAUCUCAUGUGCUAUAUCGGUCAUGAGGGCACGUAUACCCCCGCCCAUCGAGAAAUGUGCGCGAGUCUCGGCCAGAACAUUAUGGUCGAAGCCUCGACGGGCCUCGCCGAGGACGGCAAACUCACGAAGCCGGGCUCCUCGAUCUGGUUCAUGACCGAGUCCAAAGAACGGGCCGUGGUCGCCGAGUACUGGCUCUCUCGCCUGGGCCAUGACAUCGAGAUCGAGAAGCAUUUCGCUCAGGUCAACGCGUGGAAGAAUGCACCAUUCAAGACGUACGUCGUCGAACAGAAGCCCGGCGACUUUAUCCUCAUUCCUCCCCUGGCUCCGCAUCAGGUGUGGAACCGUGGAACCAGGACGAUGAAGGUCGCGUGGAACAGAACCACCGUUGAAACUCUUGAGAUGGCAAUGCACGAAGCUCUGCCCCGAGCGCGAAUGGUGUGCCGUGAUGAACAGUACAAGAACAAGGCAAUCAUCUAUUAUACCAUGCAGAAAUAUUCGAAGCUCCUUCGGCUGGCAGAGAAAUUCAGGCAGAAAUCCAUGGAUCUUAAGCACCGUAUGCCCAGUGACUCGAAAGCCCGGCAACUAGAAAAAGACUUCCGCAGGUUGCAGUUUCUGUUCACCGAAAUAUUGGUGUCAGAAAGUUUCCUCCCCGGCCAUGUCGAGAAGACAAUUGAGUACAUCCCCUACGACAGCAACAUUACCUGUUCUUAUUGCCGCUGCAAUAUCUUCAACCGGUUUCUCACUUGUCCCAGCUGCGUCGAGACGUUGGCGAACGGUGAAGAAGAUACAUACGACAUCUGCAUGGAAUGUUACGCAAUGGGCAGAAGCUGUGCAUGCAUCUCAAAAUUGAGGUGGGUUGAGCAGUGGCCCUGGGCAGAACUUACGCAGAAGCACGAACAAUGGAGACAACAGCUCCUGCAAUAUGAAGGCAGAGUAACAGAGAAAUCACCAAUGCCACUUAAAAUUGAACUGGAACGGCUCGGGGACAAAAGGACACUGGCGCAGAUCUGCCAGCUUGAGUUGGAGAGGAGACCGUUUCGGGACAUUCGGCGUCCGCCCUCUCCUGUAACAGGCGACAACCGGGAAGAGGUGGAUGAGGUGGACGCGAACGGGAACGUGAAGAAAAAGAAAAAGAUCAAGCGAACUGAAAAGUUUCUGAAGAGCCAUGCUCGAUGCCAUGUCGACUUCCACUGGGAACCCAAGUGGAAGCAAGCCACAUGCACGAAAUGUAGCAAAAAUUAUUGCUAUGGCACGCUGUUCCGACGAUUCGAUAUCAUGCCACAGGAUAUCCUUGCUAAUCCAAACUGGGUGUGUCCUAGCUGUCACAAUAUAUGUGGCUGCCGGCGGUGCAAGAUCAGGCCCGGAUACAAGCCGUAUACACCGUCCGGCACGAUUCUCGGCCAUAAUACGAAGGCCGUCGCGGAUCCCCGCUCAGUGGAAAGCCUGGUUGACUUCAGUUAUUCCAAUAUUGCCUGGAUCCAGAAGGCAGACGAUGAUCAUGGGGUUCAGUCCCGGCGUCUUGAACAGCGUCGAAAAGAGGCAGAAGUCGCCAAAGCCACGAGGCCGGAGCUUGGGGAACAUUAUGUGGGCGGCUACCAGGAGAUGGAUGACAGAGUGGAAGAAGGUGUCCUUCUGUUGGCGCAACAAGAAGGCAUUCCAAUCGACCCUGCGCUGGUAACUGCUGGUCCACCUGAGUCCUCCAUAGAGGAUGAGGAUGACUUCGACGAAAACCCAGAAGGAGUUAAAGUGGCUGCAGAAGCGGUUCCCCUUCCCGAUCUGACAUCCCAAUACGUUCUCCCCGAGGGCGGCGUCAUCAGAGAUGUUGAGCAUGCUUAUGAUCCCACUGAGGCUAUCACAUACGACUAUCCGGAUCUAGAAGAUGGUCUUCAUAUUCCUGGCCCCGUCGAAGUGGAGCAAGCGGCUGUGCGUGCAGGGUACGCACCUGCUGGCGUGGAAGACGGAGAGAUUGAAAUGGUCGAGCGUAAACGCAAGCGUGUGAGGAUGGAUGAUGGUGACCGUCCUUACCUUUCCAAGAAAGCCAAAGUCGACAAGAAAAAGGAGCGAAAGUCACUCAUAGUGAAGUUGUCGCUUCCGACAGAGAGACUUCGAGAAAUCGAAAAGAUGGCAAAUGUGGUGCAGCAAGCCUUGAAGGGGGUGGAAAUUCCCGCACCGGUCAUCAGCUCGGAUCUGCAAGCUCUCAACAUCGCCCAAGGAAAUCCCCAAGCCGUGCAAAAGAAGGUUCGGCGAGGCGUUGAACAUGAGGUGGUCGAACAGGACGAUGACUUCACGCCCGGUCGAUAUCGUGACCGCAGGAAACGUGCCGCAGAUGGAGCUGACCUUCCACCCCCCGACGCUGAAAUUACCAGGCGCCAGACACGCACGCAACACCGUCAUUAUGAAGAACCCUCGGAGGACGAGUUCAAUGAGGUUGUUUCUGACCAUUCUUCCGAGCGCCGCAGAUCCACGGACAAGCCAACAGCGAAAGUGGUGAGGGUGGACGAAGUCGACCCGGAUUUCAAUUCUUCCGCAUCCUCGAACGAUGAAUCCGUAGGGAACCAGAGCUCUGCCUCGAGCCCACCCGCUGACGUUGGACUGAGCACCCCCAAACCAGCGCCACGAAUGGCCACGAAAGCGCCCAAACUGACCGUGAUGCAGAAUGUCCAUGAUAUCGUUGCGACAAGCUCUCCGGCCGAGCAGAGUGACAGGUUAAGGACAGUUUCAGCAUCCUCAUCAGCUUUUCCUCCAAAGAAACCCAUCCUAGCCAAAUCGACCUCAGCUCCCUCCCCCUUAAGUCAGGCAAGGGCUGCGGCGGAAGCACAGGCGAAUCGGCUGGCAAAAAUGGCUGCGGCUGGGCUGAUGGAGAACGAAAGCGAAGACCUGGAUGACGGUUGGUCUCCGGAGUCGUUCCUGGAUGAACAUUCCUCUAGUGACAAGGCCGCCAGUCCAGCCCAGGUAGAGGUCACCCGAGCCGGAGAAGAAGAGGAGAAGGGAGAUGACGACGACGACGACGACGAAGAAGAAGCCGCUUCACCUCCCAAGUCAGCCACGAACAAUAAGAAAUUCCCGAAAGUGUCCCCGCCAGCCCCUGUGCCAAUCCCUUCACCGACCGUAACCAUACCGAAACGGCCCAUACUAUCGACCGUGAAAGCCUUUGCUUCGGAUUGGCCGGACAGUGAUGAUUCAGACGAAUUCAAACAACCUCAAAGGCAGGUCGCCACCUGGGCUGCCAUUAAUAGUGGAACUGUCAGCAAGGGUCGAUUGGCACCUCCCAAGCCUUCCAUUGCUGCUCGGGGCCCAAAGAGAAGGGGAAGGCCACCCAAACGUCCUUAG